AUGCAGUACUCCAAGAUUCUGGCUCUGGCCACCCUCCUCAUCACCACCGCCGUCGCUGCUCCCCACAAGCGUGCGUGCGCCUACACUUGCGGAACAGUCUGCUACACCAGCAGCGCCGUCAGCACCGCCCGGGCUGCCGGUUAUAAGCUGUACGAGGCCGGUUCCACCGAAAAUAGCUACCCACAUGUCUACCACAACUACGAGGGCUUUGACUUCACCGUCACUGGGACCUACUACGAAUUUCCUAUCUUGAGCGAUGGCGACGUGUACGAUGGUGGUUCUCCUGGCGCGGACCGUGUUAUCUUCAACACUGGUGAUCAGUUGGCUGGUGUGAUUACCCACACUGGUGCCAGUGGCAACAACUUUGUUUCUUGCUAG